UGCUGAGUUUGCCCUAAGCGUCACCAUAUAAAGCUGCGUGCUUCUCUCUCUUUUCCUCCACAACAAAAAUCCGCUAUAUCUAAAAUAAGGUUCCAACCUCUGUUUUUCUUCACAAAUUCCCAAUCUAAUCUCUUCCUCCCCUUCUUUUCCACAUCUCAUAGAAGAGUUGGCAGUUUGCUCUGCUGUGUCGACAGUUUGUCAAAGUGGAGGGCAUUAAUUUUGAAUCAUCUUUUAUGUCUGAACGGGCCUCUCUCUUUUUAUCAUCAAUUGGUUUGCUCGGUGAAUACUGUCCCACUUCUAGAAAAAAGGAAGGUAUCUGCAUGCAUAUUGAGGUCAGUAAUACAGAAAAAUUUGGUUGCCAUUUUAUGCGACCUAUUCCAAGUGCAAGAAAGCAGUCUGGUAAAGGAUUUCUUACCACAAUUGGAAUCACUAGUAUCUGAUCCCUCCUUUGUGAUUAAGUCUGUACCACAAGUUCGAUCAAGAUGGCUUUGCAGAAUAUUGGUGCUUCCAACAGUGAUGAUGCCUUUUAUAGGUAUAAGAUGCCCAAAAUGAUAACCAAGAUUGAAGGACGAGGAAAUGGCAUCAAGACUAAUGUGGUUAACAUGGUUGAGAUUGCGAAGGCUUUGGCUAGACCUGCUUCUUACCCUGUAAAGUAUUUUGGUUGUGAACUGGGAGCCCAAUCCAAGUUUGAUGAGAAGACUGGAACUUCACUGGUAAAUGGUGCCCAUGAAACUGCCAAGCUUGCAGGGCUUCUUGAGAACUUCAUCAAGAAGUAUGUUCAGUGCUAUGGUUGUGGGAACCCAGAAACUGAGAUAGUUAUUACGAAGACGCAGAUGAUUACUCUUAAAUGUGCUGCAUGUGGGUUUAUUUCUGAUGUCGACAUGAGAGAUAAGCUUACAACUUUCAUUCUUAAGAAUCCACCUGAGGCAAAGAAGUCAUCAAAAGACAAGAAGGCGAUGAGGAGGGCUGAAAAGGAAAGACUCAAGGAGGGUGAGGCUGCUGAUGAAGAGCUGAAGAAGAUCAAAAAAGAGACGAAGAAGAAAGGUUCCACUACUACAACUAAGGUUGCUGCUGCCAAAGGUGGAGUGACCAAGAAGAAAGGUAAACAUUCUGAUGAAGAUCACUCCCCUGAACAUAGCCAGGCUGAUGAGAAUGAACGGGUUGCCAGUGAUGACGACGACGACGAUGUUCAGUGGCAAACUGAUACUUCACUUGCGGCUGCCCAACAACGCAUCCAAGAGCAGUUGAGUGCUGUUACUGCUGAUAUGGUGAUGCUUUCUACCGACGAAGAGAAGAAAAAGUCGGUUAAGAAGUCUCCUGAGCCUGAGACCAAGGUUCAUGAGAAUGGUGUUGGUGCUCAUGACAAACUUGUUGAUGAGAUAAAGGAAUACUUCAAGAAGGGAUCGUCUCCAAAUCAGCUUAAAUCCUUCCUAGGUUCACUCACUGGAACCUCCAAAGAAGUCAUGGAUGCUCAAUUUAUAGCACUCUUCAAUGAUGUUGGGAAAGGGUUUGCAAAAGAAGUAACCAAAAAGAAGAACUACAUUGCAGCAGCAGUAGCAGCAAUCAAAGAAGAGCGAUCUCAGUUGGUGCUCCUCAAUUCUAUCGAGUCUUUUUGCAGCAAGGCCAGCCCCGAGGCAGCAAAGGAGGUGGCGUUGGUUCUUAAAGUGCUGUAUGACGAUGAUAUUUUGGAAGAAGAGUUUAUCAUGGAGUGGUACCAGAAGGGUAUAGCUGGUAGCAAUAAGGGUUCUCAGAUAUGGAAGAACCUCAAGCCCUUCAUUGAGUGGCUCCAGACUGCCGAGUCUGAAUCGGAAGAUGAGUGAAUCCCGAAGCUCUUCGUAUGGUAUCUUCACUAUGUUAAGCCUCUACUUCUAGUAGCGUCGUCUUCUAUUAUAUGUUUGUGUUUGGCUUUACCGUGUCGUGUUUCCUAGAAUAAAAGACAGUGAGCUACAUCCCGUACGUGCUCUCUGCUGUUCUGUGGUUUAUUAUGUUGUGAACUGGUCAUUGUUUAUUCCCCUAAUGUGUUAAUUGAGUUUAUGUUUUAUUUCUUUCUA